AUGGCCUUUAUCGUUCGCGUCGAGGCGUUAUCCGGGGUGUUGGAUGAGUCACCGCCCUGCUACUUGCUUGAGCUUGAUGGCGUCCGGAUCCUGCUCGACUGCGGCUGGAGUGAGCACUUUGACACCACGCAGCUCGAUGCCCUUGCCAAAGUGGCCAGCACGAUUGAUCUUGUACUCCUCAGCCAACCGGACAUCCAUCACUUGGGUGCUUUGCCGUACGCCUACGAAAAACUUGGGUUGACAUGUCCCUGCUAUGCCACGCUGCCCAUCAAGCAGCUCGGUCUGCUUUUCCUCUACGACGCCUUCCAGGCGCGAAUGGAGCAAGAAGACUUUGAAACGUUUUCUCUCGAUGGCAUUGACGAAUCCUUUGCCAACAUCACCUCAGUCAAAUAUUCACAGGCCAUCGAGGUUGCCGGCACCGGCAUCACCCUGCUUGCCCUGCAAGCUGGUCACAUGUUGGGCGGUACUGUGUGGCGCAUCACCAAGGAUGACGAAGACGUUGUGUAUGCCCUCAACUACAACCAUCGCUCCGAACGACACUUGCGCCCCGCCGUCUUUCAGCUCUUGACACGCCCCUCCCUCCUCAUCACCGGUGCCCGCAACGCCUCUACGGAAAUGGUGCUCAAGCCCAAGGAGCGCGAGGCCAAGCUUCUAUCAUUAGCAGAGCAAACCAUGCGCUCCGAUGGUACCAUGGUGGUGGUGGCCGACACAGCUGGACGAACGCUGGAACUGGUGCAGCUCUUUGAAUCACAUUGGAACGACAAUCCGGGUCUCAAGACCUAUCCCGUCUUCUUUCUCAGUCACAACUCGUAUAACGUGCUAGAGUUUGCGCAAACCCUGAUCGAGUUCAUGUCCGAUAAAAUGCUGGUCAAGCUCCAGACCAUGACCCACAACCCCUUUGCCUGCCCCAACAUCAAAUGCCAAAAGACGGUCGAUGGAGUCAUGCGCUCCGCAGGCGCCAAGGUCGUAAUUGUUCCUCACAGUAGCCUCGAGGCUGGCUUUGGGCGUGAACUUCUCUUUCGCCUUGCAGGCGAAGCCCGCAAUCGCUUUCUUUUCAUCGCCCGGCCUCCACCCCACUCCCUUGGGGCCCGCCUACUGGCAAAGAGCGGACAAAUACACACCAUCCAGUUUGAGCACCGGUUUCGAGUGCAACUUGAGGGCGAAGAACUCAAGGCAUAUCGACAACACAAAGCCGAGGAAGCCAAGCAACAGAAAGAGGAUGCUCUGGCUCAGGCCCGGGCCGAGGGCACCUUUGUGGGCUCAGAUUCAGAGGAUGACGAGGACGAGGACGAUCACGUCGCAGACUUGCCCAUGCGUCUCCCCGGCACUCAACCCUCAAUAGAUGCCGUUCAUCACACUCCGCAACAGACUCGGGCGAAGGAUCGUACCUUCCGAUCGCGCCGCCAGGCCUUGACUACCUUUCCGUUUCAGAGCAACAAGGUUGUCCGUGCCUCCACUUACGACUCGUUCAUGGGCGCACAAAAGGUUGAAUGGGACGACUACGGCAUGACCUUUGAUCGAGAGAAGCUCAAGUUGCUCGACUCACACCUGGCCACGGGCCUCGAAGCCCCAGCUGCAGAUGAAGCAGACAAGCCAGCAGAGGAUAGCAACCUUGAGGCCAUGCAAGCUGAGCUUACUGCGUCUAUUCAAGAAGCUGAGCGCCCAUCAAAGGUCGUGGCUCAGCAGCGAGACCUGAGUGUGCGCUGUCAGGUCGAGUACUUGGAUCUUGAGGGUCUCUCGGACCGCGAGUCCAUGCUCAACAUUCUCGAGCGGAUGCGUCCUCGCUUUCUCGUUCUGCUGCACGGCACCGAGGAUGAAACAGAGGAGCUGGCUGAUAGCUGUGUUCACAAGCUGCGCGAUUUGGAGCGGAUCGUCAUGCCCAAGCGCUUCGAGCGGGUGGAUAUUGCUGGCGAGCGCAACAUCUUCCAGCUGCGCCUUCGCGAUGCACUCGUCUCUUCGCUCAAGUUCAGCGAGGCCGGCGAAUAUAAGAUUGCAUGGAUCGAUGGCGUCCUGGCACACACUGAAGGCGACGAAACGAGUAGCAAGCGCGCCAAGCUCCCACAACUGGAGGCAGCCACCGAAGCGGCGGAGCACAAUGCCGUAUUCGUUGGAGAUAUUCGUCUGAGUCAACUCAAGACCGUCUUGGAGAACCACCAAGUGGAGGUGUCUUGGUGGGUCGAAAAGCUAGUGUGCAACAAUCAGGUGGUGGUAGGAAAAGAUCCGCUCGGCGGAUCGUUUAGUAUCGACGGCCCGCUUUGCGAGACGUAUUACAAAGUUCGGGAGCUGCUGUAUCAGCAGUUUGUGGUGGCAUAACAAGACAAACAAGACAGCUGUGCCACACAGUCAUCCCCGAUGAGCGGUUGACCAUUCCCUGCCCCGUUGGUUAAUUGACUUGCCAGAUCCUG